UUUCAUCAAGUGCACAGUGUUUCCAUUCUUAUCAAAUGUUGUGGGUAAAAGCUCCUCCCUUGCACCCACUUGAGUGUGGGUUUAUCGAUGUCGUCCCAGGUACCCAAUAGCGUCGGGACGAAAUGGGAGGUCCAUGGGUGAUACAUCCGAAAUGAGUCACGGAUGGAGUAGGGAAGCAGUGGACUUCAAAUGGCGCGUUUGAUUGGUGAUUAACCCACUCUGAGUUCGGAAGGAGGGUCAAGGUCCAGUUUUGACUGGAAAAAAGUCCACUUGAAGGUUGCGAAUCCUCUCCAUCAGCAGAGCGACCAGAAUGCGCAUGGCACUGAAGUCCGCUUGAGGGAAAAAAAGCGUUUCAAGUGGUAACGGUGCCCACAGAAACUCUCGUGUGACGAUUUCUUUCUCAAAUGUCGAAACACGACACGUGGGCCAGUAGCAUGGUGGCGACUCAAACACACGGCAGGCGUCCAGUGUUCUCUUCGAGCGACGCACUCUCGGAAGAGUUCGCCAGCAGCAACGACAACAGCGAUCAUUGCUGCGAGAAGGUUGGAUUCAGUCCAUGGCCAAGUUUUUUCAGCUUCGCCGCCUGCUGUUGCGUUGCUGAAGCUUCUUUAUAUGAGGCGUCACAGCAGUUCACAUGCGUACGCAAGCACUGAGGUUUCCCGCUUCACGUGUCUCCAUCCUCGUGUACAUCUCUUCCUCAGUUCGAGGCUACAAGUCCUUCAUCAAAGGACUGUGAUCGUGCUUUGAGGAAAGAGGUAAGUACGCAAAGCACGCGAUGAUGCCGCAGGAUAGAACCGCGUCGGUGCGUUGGUGUUGUGUGUAUAUGUGUGUGUGUCGUUUUUUUUUUAUCCAAGCUCCCGCCCGAUUAUCAUGGAUGUGUGGUGCCUCCGGGCUGCUACUUGAAGGAGAACACGGCAGAGAAGAUGAUGGAGGGAAUCAAUAGAGAUUCGGAAGCAGCCGUGUGGAAGAAGGACAAGAAGAACCACCUGAAAGAAAGGGUAUGCAACAAAGUCAGACAACUAUAUGCACUAUUUUUGGCACAUAUUCGCGUGAAUUGGUGUCUUUGCAGGCGAAGGAGGUGAGGCACAAGACAUGCGAUGGGCAUCGCUUACUCUUAUUGGUUGGUAGUUCGUGACAGCCGCCUUAACUGGUUUGGAGUGUACCGCAGUCGAUACAGGUCCGCAGUCGAUAUGCAAGGGUCGCUAUCUGCGUACUGAGUCCGUCGUUGCGGUUCGAUUCAGGCAUUUCCCGAAAAGCUCACGCCCACAGCCACAAGCGACGCAUCCUUUCCCCCCAUCAUUCCUGUUGACACCCUCUCUGCUAUUCUCUUUGCGAUUCAGGCAUGGGUGUCACCCGAGGUGCUGUUGUCUCACUUGAUCGGAAUGUCACGGUACGAAAAAACAAGAUGCGGAGGCAAGCCUUCACGCACAAGGAUUGCCUUCCUUUCCCAAGAAACUGAGUAUUGACUUACGUGACCCACCAGUGUCUCUGUGUGCCGUCCCCCUUGGGAGUGUCGAAUCGGUCAAAAGUAUCGACCAGCUCGACCAUAAAGUAGGCAAACCCGCCCCUUGAAGUGUCUUUCUCCCUUCCUUUACUACAUUUUCAUUCAGACGCGCCUGGUGUUGGGGAAGUCCCAUUUGAACUCCAACGACAUGAAAGAUCUCAUCGUAGUUGAGGUGCGUGACGUGUGCCAGGCAGAAACAGAAAGCGCGUCUCUAGUCCCCUCGUUACCACACAUAGUUUCGCGAACCUGAUACGAGACUGAGGCGAUGUAUCGGUCUCAUUUGUCCUCCCUUGCACCACUGGGCCCCGUCAGCGGUAUCUGUGCAGAAGCUUCCCGUCUCACCAUCGGACAAGGGGAGGAACACUCGAAGGUAAUGAGGGACGAAAUGACACAUAAGACUCUGUUCUUUCGUUGGUGGAUGCUCAUCACCUUCGCAAGCGAGGAUUCUCCAUCCCCAAGCAAGCCGGAGACCAUUUCUCUAUCAGCAACUGAAUUCAAGAGAUCGCUCGCAAUUCUCAGGUACUCGCGGAAGCGUACGUUCUCAACUGAAACCUCACAUGCUCUUCCUCUUGGUCGAGUGACCCUUCUCAGUAUAUAUGGACAGAAGACAUUCCCUGCCGCCUCCAAUGUCCGAAAAGAGUGAAGAGGGAUGAAAGUGGCGGAUAUUUACGUUGCCGCACUCUCGUUAAGCUAUGGACACUCUCGGAGAGUUUGUCGAUACACGAUGCAUGCAGCCAGGUACUGGCGAUGGAUUUUGUUGCUGUGCCGGACAUUCAUUUCGCCCGUCUCACCAUCGGACAAGGGGGUAGACAGAAACCUGAACACCGCGCGCACAUCCCACGAACAUGAAACUGAC